AUGUCUUCUAUCCGCCACUGUAAUGGUCCCGCUCAACCAGGCAGUUCUUCUCCCGGGUCCGUCUUUCGAUGUCUCCCAAAUCGGCAUUCCCACCGAACCUCGACAGUAUCCCCACAAGCCUUUCCGCCCAGUCUUCAUCAUCACAAGCCUCAUUCGCAUCGGCUUCAUCAGCUACAGUGUUCACUCAAUCCAAACCAGCUGCAACUUAAUCCAAACCAAUGGUAUUCUGUAAAUCACCAUCCACAAUCCCAUUCUCAGUCUGCCGUAUUCUCGAAUCAGUUACAGCCGAUAUUGAGACAAGUAGUUCCACCUGCUCCUCAUAUUUCAUCACAGUCCAGGUCACAUUCCUCACCCUCUCCAUCAUCCUUACCCUCACCUUCAUGCCCCUCUUCACCAUCAGCAGUGGCCACCAAUCACAAUAAUUUCCAAUGCUCUUUGACACUGGCCUCUUUUCCUUCUUGCGAUAUCAGCGAACUAACUUGUCACGGACUCCCAUCUACGGCGCCUUCUUUGUUAAAUGUUGGCAACGUUUCAACUUCUACUUCGGCGUUAGCGUCCGCUUUCAUCAACUCUAAUGCUUUAAGCUUGGUAGCGGGGAGCUCAAACAAUUACAAUCCGGCCUGGUCCAGUGGCAUCAAACAUUGCCAGGCUAAUUGGCAGCCAGACAUGAUAAAUAAUCAACAACAGCUUCAUCACCACUCACACCCAAUGCACCAUAAUCAACAAAAACAGCUUCAUCAACACUCUCGACAACAGUCGGCUCCACAUCCCCAACUGCAGAAUAAAAAUCAACAGCUACAGUUACAACAGCUCCCAACUCAUCAAAAGCAGCAGCAUCCAUCCCAACUACCCGGUUUCAACGUUCCCGUUCAUCAUCGCAGGUGCUUUAUGCUCUAUUCCAAUGUAUUUAUUCUGUUCCUGCAAAAAAUAACAAAAUCUACAUUAUUUGAUAGUUAG